AUGUUCGCCAGUCGCUGCACAAUGCUCGGUGUGAUGCCUCUGCUGCCUCUUCUUGUGAACGCUGCGCUGGGCUUCAAGCUGUGUCCCAGCUCCUGUCUGUGCUACGAAUCUUCUGACCUGGUUGACUGCAGGUCUCGUGGGCUGAUCCAGGUCCCUCCCAGCAUCCCCCACGGCACCUGGCUGCUGGACCUGAGUGGGAACAAGCUGACGGUGAUACGCACCAGAUCCUUCAUGGGGCUGUGGUCACUCAAGAUCCUCCUGAUGUCCAACAGCAGCAUCCAGACUGUGGAGCCACAGUCUCUGUCGUCACUGCACUUUCUGGAGAGGCUGGACUUGAGUUUUAACCAGCUGCGUUGGAUUCCUCAGGAUUUCUCUCAGAGCCUGUCCUCCCUCCUGGAGCUCAGGCUGGACCACAACCUGCUGCAGCACCUGGACCCCUCUUCCCUGGGAGACUUUGAAAACCUGAAGAAACUGGACCUCGGUUACAACCGCAUCCAGUCGAUAGAUGUCCUGGUUUUCAACAGUUUGUCCCAGCUGAGCCUCCUCAGCCUGGAAGCAAACAGGCUGAACGUGCUUAAAGACGGCCUGUUGAGCAGGCAGCAACGCCUGGAGGUGCUGCUGCUCAGCCACAACAAUAUCUCAGUGAUCGAGACCGAAGCUCUGGCUCCUUUGCGGAGACUCGCUCUGCUUGGUCUUCGGGGAAACCAGCUGGCUCACAUCAGGUUCAAGACCUUCCUGCAGCUCCAGACCACCAGCACCCAACUUCAGAUGUCCCUCAACCCCUGGACCUGUGAUUGCGAGCUGCAGCGCAUCUUCAGCAAGAUCAAACAUGUUCGACAUCUGCACGUGGAGGACUACAAAGACAUCGUCUGUCACGCUCCUGCUCAGCAAGCCGGGAGCUCCCUGGCCUCACUGGACAGCCAGCUGUGUGUGGCUGAGACAGCAUCGGUGCUCGUCAUAACCAUCACCGUGAUGCUCGCCGUGAUCGGCGCUCUGGUCAAAGCGGAGCACAACCGCAAGAACAAACAAACUGUGAGUGAUACAGAGUCAGAGAGACAGGAAAAAUGGGGCUGA